AUGGAACAAUAUACGCCGCAGAUGGACAGAAGCGGGUUGCAUUACGCCUCUGCCAAUGGUCACGAUCAAAUUGUUAACCAACUACUUGAUUCUGGAGCCGACUACGAUGCAAAUGAUAAAGGCAACACGCCUCUGUACUCGGCGGCUGAGAAUGACCAUCCAAAGAUUGUCCAGUUUUUGUUGAACAACGGGGCUGAUGUCAACGCUGAAAACAUUAGACUUCAGACACCUCUGCACAUUGGAGUUGAGAAAGCAAGCGUGGAAGUGGUUGACGUGUUGUUGCACGCAGGUGCCGACCUCCACAUUCAAGAAAAAAGUGGUAAGACAGCGUUAGGCAUCGCCUCACGUGGCAGCUUGAUUGGAAUCGUUGACAUGAUCAUCAAAGCUGAACAUGAUCAGUGCUGCGAUAAAGAGAAUUUGUCAAACGUUACACACUCAAAGACGAGGAUGUCUCACUCGGCAACCGCUCACAACGAAGUCUCGGAUUAUUUAAAAAGUGUUUUCUGGAAACUUGCGACCAAACAAUUGAAACCAAAUGAUUGGAAAAUGCUGGCAAAACAUUGGCAAUUUACAGACAACCACAUCAAAGCAAUUGAACAUCAGUACACAGGUAAUGAAAGUUACAAAGAACACGGAUACAGAUUACUUCUGAUUUGGUACCACAGUCUUGAGAAAAAUGAAAACCCGAUAAAAAAAUUAUUUGAGGGCUUGGUAGCCAUCGGACAACGAGAACUGGCCGGUUAG